AUGCCUCCCAACACCAAUGGCCACGCUCCGUCGGUGAAGAAUGUCGGUUAUAUCGGCCUCGGGAAUGCUGGCUUCAGCAUGGCCUCGAACAUUCCCAAGUCGGGCUACCACUUAAUCGUCCACGACUCGGAUCAAGAGAAGGUGCAAAACGCGGCGAAACAAUGGCCCAACACCACGGCGUGGAAUGGCAAGCCGGAGCAGUUCGCCGACUGCGAGGUCAUCAUCACCAUGCUGCCGCAAGGCAAGGUCGUCCGAGAUGUGCUUUUCGGCGACAGCAAGAUUGCGAGUGGGCUCAAGCCAGGCACAAUCAUCGUUGAUACGUCGUCGAGCAGUCCAUUCGACACGCAAGAGCUGGGCAAAGAGCUCGCGCAGCACCAGCUCCAACUCGUCGAUUCUCCCAUCACGCAGACGUACAUGCACGCUACCGAUGCGGGCGAGAGCACACUCAUGGUCGGCUCGGACUCGCGGGAAGCGUUUGAAAAGGUCGAGCCCAUUCUCCGCUGUAUGGCGAGCUACAUCUUCCACAUGGGCAAGCUCGGGAAUGGGCAUGCGAUGAAGACGCUGAACAACUACAUCAUGGCGAGCAGCAUCUGCGCCCUCUGCGACAGCCUUGUCACGGGGCAGAAGUACGGCCUGGACCCGCAACAGAUGAUUGACGUCCUGAACGUCGGCACCGGCGUCAACUUCCCGACCAUGGACACUUUCCGCCGAGAUGGUGUCACGCAACGCUACAACUCGGGCUUUGGACUGGCACUGCUCGUCAAAGACCUGGGCAUCACGGAAGAGUUUAUGCAGCACAACAAGUUCACCACCGAUCUGCCGGGUCUGUUGAAGGGCUAUCUGGACUACGCACUGCAGCAAGUGGAGCCCAUGGCCGACCAUACCAAGGCCCUAGUGGGUUGGGAGAAGCGAUCUGGUGUCCAGCUCAAGAAGACCGAAAAGGUGGAGGACAUUCCCGAGGAAGACUUUGCCCAUCGACGAAAGGGUCUCAACCGUGAGAAUUGA